ACCUCGAUUCUACAAUUCCAUUUCUAAUCUGCCACUGCUUUGUGCCCAAACCGCAGGACUUCCGGAAACUGCAACUCACCUUACAGACAUCCAUUCGCCAUAGAUCAGCUCUGCCGCAGUCCCAUAAGCUCCAUGGCGCUCUCGCCACACGGCAACCAUUCAGCUCAACACCCUCAACUUCCAACAAUUGGGCCCGAUGACCCUUUUGUUAAAGUGGUUAAAGCUUUAUCAGUCUAUUUCGUCGACGAACUUGCCCUUCCGUCGACCUUCGAACAAUUGCGAACCACCUCUGCAGGCAACAAAAUACGCAUCCUUGUCGAACAUCUCGUGCUCAAUUGCACAAACUUGGCAUUGGUAAAUGCACUUCUAACUCUUAAAUGGCAUUUCUCGACACUCGAAUCAGACGACCGCGGCUUGAACGAAACUCGAGCGAAUGCGUGCGAAAUUGUGGCAUGGCGAUUCCUCACCCAGGUCUCAGAACGAGAUGCGGUCGAUUUCUGCUUGUAUGAGCUGCCUCCUGUACAAGCGACCGAGGAAAGUAGCGACGCCAACGGGAUCGAAGGAGAAGCGGACGAGCGAACAGACCUUCUUCAACAAUUUCGAGCGCAAACAUCCCUUGCACCUAUAUCACCUGCUCGACCAGGCAGUAAAAGAGUUGAAUUGCUACGAUCUCUGUCUGGAAUGGGAAUAGACCCAUCGGAUGAGGCGCCAGUCGACACUGACGAGGAAGGAGACCCAACAACGUCGUUCACUGGCUUGAAUGGCCUUGAAAUCGCUGCUGUAGCGGACUGCAAGAAGUUCCUUAGUCAGAGGGUUGUGCAGAAAAUAAUAACGGGGAUAUGGAACGGAGACAUCACCUUUUGGCAGAGUAUGAGCACACAUUCGAAAAAGAAACCGCAAAUUUACAAUAAGAGGAAAUCUGAUCCUUUUAUACGCUUACGAGUACCAAGAUACAUCAAGGCGUUUGAAGUUCUCUUCUUUGCCACAUUUUUGGCGCUUUAUUAUGCUGUUCUCGUUGAGCGGAAUCCCUACCACAUCACCCCGCUGGAGAUUUGUCUUUACAUUUGGCUCGCAGCCUUUGCUUAUGACGAGGUCAGUGAGUUUAUCGACGCGGGAUCAAUAUUCUACGCAGUCGAUAUAUGGAACGGAUGUGACGUGAUCAUCAUCUUAAUUGGAGCCGCUUUUCUCGUAACCAGGUACGUUGGCUUGGUCCAGGAUAGCAAUUCUAUAACGGACACGGCAUUCGAUAUCUUAUCAUUAGAGGCACUCUUCAUGGUGCCAAGAAUUUGCUCGCUUCUGAGCUUACAUCCAUAUUUUGGUACAUUGAUUCCCUGCCUCAAAGAAAUGGCCAAAGACUUUGUCAAAUUCAUGGUUAUUGUUGUUGUUCUCUACAUUGGGUUUCUGACAACAUUCUCGCUUCUUGGGAGAGGCACGUUCACUCUAUCUGAGAUGAGCUGGAUUCUUAUCAAGGUGUUCUUUGGCUCGAGUUAUCUCGGGUUUGAUAUCAUGGACGAUAUCAAUGCCAAACUUGGGCCGCCACUCAUGCUUAUCUUCAUCACCAUGACCAACAUCCUUCUGAUCACUUCUUUGAUCAGUAUUUUGAGCGACAGCUUCUCAAAAGUCAUUUCACAUGCUAGAGAGGAAUACCUUUUUGUUUAUUCCGUCUAUGUUCUCGAGGCAUCGACUGGUGACCGGCUCACACACUUCUACCCACCGCUGAAUCUGAUUCCCUUGAUCUUCAUUCGACCCCUCAGGCUAUUCUUCUCGUCAGAACAGCUUCGCAAUACUCGUAUCAUACUCCUCAAAGUAACUCAUAGUCCCAUCGUUGCGGCUAUUUGGUUAUUUGAGGCCACUAACGACCACCUCAUGGGCACGGCCAGACCUUUCCCAUCAAUGGGCCCUGGCACAGGAAGGGGUACGGAGUCUAUUCUGCCACCUGCCAAACAGCAACGACCAUUUCUGUCCGAUCGUGCGAAUUCGAAAACACAUUCCGGACAAUUUACUGAGUUUGGUGGGCCUGAUAGUCCUGGUCCGCAGAACUAUCAUGUUACGAGCAAGAAAGAGAAUGGCAAGGGUGACGUGGUCGUGGUUGAUAACACGGAUCUGGAAGCCAAGGUGGCAGACUUGAGUCUGAAGAUUGCAGAAUUGACCGCCCUGAUUAUGGCACAACAAGGGACAAUGGGAGAGGAAUGAGUGGACGACGAGGAUUGUAUCCGACUGCAGACUAAAUUUGGGAGGCUUGGCGUUGGGAUAGCGGUAGCACUUAGGCUACAUUGUAAGAUUGCGAAAAGUCACGAAGGAUAUGGAAACUUGGUAUUCAGCUCGUGCUGGCUUUUUCAAAUAAGUUCUUCUCCAAGAGGAAAUAAUUUAGUCCUUCCUGGGGUGUAAAUUCUCACGGCUGCUGUGGGUCAAGAC